AUGGGCUGUUUGUACUUUUUCCGGGCCACAUGUGAAAAGUUGUUGGUGGCCAAGAAUGCCUCGUUUCAAAACAAAUGGCUCCUCGGUUCGGACGUUUGCUGCGUGUUUCGAGUCUCCCCUAUGAAUCUGCAUGACUCAACUCAACUUGGCAGCCCUCACAUGGCGAAAGCAACACAGCCAUGUCAGAGAUGCGCACGGUUCGAUGAUGUUCGAUGCUGCAGUGUAAUUGGGGUCAAACCUUGCCGAAGGUCAGAUGUUGAGCAGGCGUGGCUGCACGCUUCGAGGCGCAGCCUGGCUUUCCCUCGGUCUGGGUGCACGAGCAGGAAACAGUUCCCCUGGCUUCAUCUGACACAAGCGCCUCACGAGCCGCCUUAG